UGGCCGGUUAGCUUGCUCUCGCCUGUGUUCUGUUCAGAGGUUGGAAGGAAUACCCAGGUUUUUUUUUUUUCUCUCUAGAACCACGAGGGAGUGUAACCAAAGAUUUUUACUGUGCACAGAGGCCACACGGGUGGUGAAAUGAAAGAACCAAGAGCACAUUUUGCUCCUCAGUUUUGUUAUAAAUGAUUCUUUGAGGGGAAAAAAAAAAAAUCCUCCACCAUUGCCCUCACACUGUGUUACUGGACAAGGUGGACCUUAGGAUAGAUAAAGAGAAGAAAAGGCGGCAACAUUUUUCAGCUUGUGUUGUGGGAAUCUAAAGGAGGAGGAUAUACCAAGGCAUUGUGUUUAGACUAAAAGUAUCUUCUGGACAACUCUUUGAAGGAUUUGAUACUUUUUUCUUUUUUUUUUAAGCCAGAAAGUUUGCUUCUGGUGUGUUAUGUGGGAGAAUUCCCAUUCAUUCUGUAUCUGAGAGGAAUAGUUCACAAAGAGGGACUGAGGAGGAAAACAACAUGGAGUGGAACUACAGGGAAAGAGAUCCCUGCUUGUCCCCAGCAGCUUUUGUUAAUCAGGUGCAAUACUCUAACAUCCUGGAAGGAAGAUUUAAACAGCUGCAAGAUGAGCGUGAAGCAGUACAGAAGAAGACCUUCACCAAAUGGGUAAACUCUCACUUAGGCCGAGUAACCUGUCGCAUUGGUGACUUGUACACUGACCUGCGGGAUGGUCGCAUGCUAAUCCGCCUUUUGGAAGUGCUCUCAGGAGAACAGCUGCCAAAACCAACUAAGGGCCGCAUGCGCAUCCACUGCCUUGAGAAUGUUGAUAAAGCCCUGCAAUUUCUUAAGGAGCAAAAAGUCCAUCUUGAAAAUAUGGGCUCACAUGACAUUGUGGAUGGGAAUCACCGUCUCACCCUGGGUCUCAUCUGGACCAUCAUCCUUCGCUUCCAGAUUCAAGACAUCAGUGUGGAAACAGAGGACAACAAGGAGAAGAAAUCAGCUAAAGACGCCCUGCUGCUUUGGUGCCAAAUGAAAACUGCUGGAUAUCCAAAUGUCAACAUCCACAACUUCACUACCAGUUGGAGAGAUGGUCUAGCGUUCAAUGCCAUCGUGCACAAACACAGACCCGACCUGAUUGAGUUUGACAACCUGAAGAGGUCCAAUGCUCACUACAAUCUCCAAAAUGCUUUCAAUGUGGCUGAGAAGGAACUGGGGCUUACCAAGCUGCUGGAUCCAGAAGAUGUUAAUGUGGAUCAGCCUGAUGAGAAGUCCAUAAUUACCUAUGUGGCAACUUACUAUCAUUACUUCUCUAAGAUGAAAGCCCUGGCAGUGGAGGGCAAACGAAUUGGAAAGGUGCUUGACUAUGCUAUUGAGGCCGACCAGCUGAUAGAGAAGUAUGAGACCCUGGCCUCUGAGCUGCUGCAGUGGAUUGAGCAGACCAUAGUGACACUCAAUGAUCGGCAGCUAGCUAACUCCCUGAGUGCUGUACAGAACCAGCUCCAAGCUUUUAACUCCUACAGGACUGUGGAGAAACCUCCUAAAUUUACAGAGAAAGGAAACUUGGAGGUUCUUCUCUUUACUAUCCAAAGCAAGAUGAGAGCAAACAAUCAGAAAGUCUACAUGCCAAGAGAGGGAAAACUCAUUUCUGACAUCAAUAAGGCAUGGGAGCGACUGGAAAAGGCAGAGCAUGAACGUGAGCUGGCACUGAGGAAUGAGUUGAUUCGUCAGGAGAAACUGGAGAUGCUUGCUGCUCGUUUUGACCGGAAAGCCGCUAUGCGGGAGACAUGGCUGAGCGAGAACCAGAGACUGGUGUCUCAGGAUAACUUUGGAACUGACCUGGGAGCAGUGGAAGCUGCCACCCGUAAACACGAGGCAAUUGAGACAGACAUUGGGGCAUACUGGGAACGUGUGGCUGCUGUGGAGGCUGUUGCCAAAGAGCUUGAGGCAGAGGGAUAUCACGAUGUGCGACGCAUACUCGCACGAAGGGAUAAUGUGCUUCGACUCUGGGAAUACCUAAAAGAGCUUCUGGCUGCACGCAGAGAGCGUCUGAAUGCCCACCGUGACCUACAGAGGCUGUUUCAGGAGAUGCGUUACAUCAUGGACUGGAUGGGAGAUGAGAAGGGUCGCCUGCAGUCGCAGGACAGUGGAAAACAUUUGCAUGAUGUGUUAGAUCUACUGCAAAAACACACUCUGGUAGAGGCUGACAUUUCUGCCCAGGCAGAGAGGAUCAAGGGAGUGCAGGGAGCUGCAAAGCGCUUCACAUCCUAUGAGCAGGCCUAUAAACCUUGCGAGCCUGGACUAGUUAGUGAGAAGGUUGAGCUGCUGGGUCAAGCCUAUGAAGAGCUUGGUCAGCUUGCUGUGAAACGCAGAGAGCGCCUAGAGGACUCACGGCGUCUGUGGCAGUUCCUGUGGGAUCUCGGAGAGGAGGCAGCCUGGAUCAGAGAGCAGGAACAGAUCCUGGCUAGUGGAGACUGUGGCCGUGACCUUUCUUCUGCCCUUCACCUACUCAGUAAACAUGAGGCUUUCAGGGAUGAAAUGGCAGCCCGCUAUGGCCCCCUGAGUAACAGCAUUGCUGCUGGAGAAGAUUUGGUUAAAGAGGGACACUUUGGAGCUCCAGAAGUCACUGAGAGAAUUCAAGACAUCCGUGCACAGUGGACCCAUCUGGAGGAGACAACUAAGCAAAGAGAGCAGAGCCUUAAGGAAGCAGUGGCCCUGCACCAGUUUCAAACAGAUGCCAAUGACAUGGAAGCAUGGAUCAUGGAGACACUUAGACAGGUGUCCAGUCAGGACGUGGGCCAUGAUGAGUUCUCUACUCAAACUCUAGCUCGUAAGCAGAGGGAGAUAGAAGAGGAGAUCCAGAGUCACCACCCCCUUAUCGACUCCCUGCACGAACAGGCUCAAGCACUGCCACAGGCCUACAUACAUUACCCUCAAGUGGAUGGUCGUCUGCCUGCUAUUGAGCAAAGCUAUCAAGAACUGGAGUCCCUGUCAGCAGCUCGACGGCAGGCUCUGGAAGGUGCCUUGGCCCUCUAUCGCAUGUUCAGUGAAGCUGGUGCUUGUCAGCUCUGGGUGGAGGAAAAGGAGCAGUGGUUGCAUGGCAUGGAGAUCCCUACAAAACUGGAAGACUUGGAGGUUGUACAGCAAAGAUUUGAGACACUGGAACCUGAGAUGAACAACCUAGGUGCUCGUGUCACUGAUGUGGACCAGGUGGCUGAGCAGCUGCUGAGCUCAGACAACUGUAACAAAGACCAAAUCCACAAGACAACAGACCAACUAAACAACAGAUGGAAGGAGUUUCAACAACUGGCUGGGCAAAAGAAACAGGCUCUCGAGUCGGCCCUCAACAUCCAGAAUUACCACCUCGAGUGUAAUGAGAUCCAGAGUUGGAUGAAGGAAAAGACCAAAGUCAUUGAAUCUACUCAGAGUCUUGGCAAUGACUUGGCUGGAGUGAUGGCACUACAACGCAAACUCACUGGCAUGGAGAGGGACCUUGAGGCUAUCCAGGGAAAAUUGGAUGACUUGAGAAAUGAGGCAGAAAAGUUGGCCAAGGAGCAUCCAGAUCAGGCUGGUGAGAUCCAAGGACGCUUGGCAGAAAUUCAAGAGGUGUGGGAGGAAUUGAAUGCUACCAUGAAGCGGCGGGAAGAGUCACUGGGGGAAGCUAGCAAGUUACAGGGUUUCCUUAGGGAUCUGGAUGACUUCCAGUCCUGGCUGUCCCGCACUCAGACAGCUGUGGCCUCAGAGGACAUUCCCACUUCUCUGCCUGAGGCUGAGAGUUUGCUAGCCCAGCAUGAGAGCAUCAAGAACGAGGUGGAUAACUAUAAGGAGGACUAUGAAAAGAUGCGCGCGGUUGGUGAGGAGGUGACCCAAGGUCAGACAGAUGCCCAGCACAUGUUUCUGGCCCAGAGGCUCCAGGCAUUAGACACUGGCUGGCAUGAGUUGCGUCGCAUGUGGGAGAAUCGCCACAGCCUUUUGGCCCAAGCCUUCGACUUCCAGACUUUCCUGAGGGAUGCAAAGCAGGCGGAGGCCUUCCUCAACAGCCAGGAGUACGUGCUGUCCCACACAGAGAUGCCCACCAGUCUUCAGGCAGCAGAGGAAGCCAUCAAGAAGCAUGAGGAUUUCCUCACCACCACAGAGGCCAGUGAAGAGAAGAUAACUGGUGUGGUGGAAGCUGGAAGGCGCCUCAUUAAUGACUCUAAUGCGAACUCUGAUAAGAUCCAGGAAAAAGUUGAUUCAAUCCAGGAAAGACAUCUUAAGAAUAAAGAGGCUGCAAAUGAACUGCUGGCCAAACUUAAGGAUAACCGUGAACUUCAGCACUUCCUCCAAGAUGGACAGGAGCUCACUUUAUGGAUCAAUGAGAAGAUGCUGACAGCUCAGGACAUGUCUUAUGAUGAGGCCAGAAAUCUUCACAGCAAGUGGCAGAAACAUCAGGCCUUCAUGGCAGAGCUGGCCUCCAACAAAGACUGGCUAGACAAAAUUGAUAAGGAGGGCCAGGCACUGGUUGCUGAGAAGCCUGAGCUGAAACCUGUUGUCCAGCAGACCCUGGAGGACCUGCAGCGUCAGUGGGAGGAGCUGGAGGGCACAACCCGCACCAAGGCUCAGUGCUUAUUUGAUGCUAACAGAGCAGAGCUCUUCACACAAAGCUGCUCCGCCCUGGAUGUCUGGUUGAAAAACCUUAAGAGUCAGCUGCAUAGUGAUGACUAUGGAAAAGAUCUGACCAGCGUGAACAUCCUCCUCAAGAAGCACCAGAUGUUGGAGCAUCAAAUGGAGGUCAGAGAGAAGGAGGUGCAUGCCCUGAAGUCUCAGGCUCUGGCUCUGUCCCAGGAAGAUGCUGGACUGACUGAGAUAGAUGGUCAGCAAAGGCGUGUCACUGACAACUUCGCCGGCCUUCAGGAGCCUCUCAAACUUAGAAGGCAGCAGUUGCUCGCCUCCAAAGAAGCACAUCAGUUCAACAGAGACCUGGAGGAUGAAAUUCUGUGGGUGAAAGAAAGGAUGCCCAUAGCAACCUCCACAGAUCAUGGAAAAGACCUGCCCACUGUACAGCUGCUAAUCAAGAAGAACCAGACUUUGCAAAAGGAGAUCCAAGGCCAUCAGCCUCGCAUUGAUGACAUCCAUAGACGAGGCAAGACUCAGAGCCAGGUGGAUGGCGAAAGACAGUCUGUUCUAGAAGAUCGCCUUAUUGAACUGAAGGACCUUUGGGACCAACUCAUUGCCGAGACAGACAAACGUCAUGCCCGUCUAAUAGAGGCCAACCGUGCCCAGCAGUUCUAUGCUGAUGCAGCAGAGGCGGAGGCCUGGAUGGGAGAGCAGGAGCUCCACAUGAUGUCAGAAGAAAAGGCCAAGGAUGAGCAAAAUGCUUUAGUGAUGGUCAAGAAGCACCAGAUCCUUGAGCAGGCACUUGAAGACUACGCCCAAACCAUCCACCAACUGGCCAACAGCAGUCGUCUCAUGGUCAACAAUGAACACCCAGAGAGUGAAAGAAUCACCUUACGACAAGCCCAAGUAGACAAGCUGUACGCAGGCCUGAAGGACCUUGCUGAGGAGCGUCGUGGACGGCUUCAGGAGAGACUGCGGCUGACCCAGCUGAAGAGAGAGGUGGAUGACCUGGAACAGUGGAUUGCUGAGAGGGAGGUUGUUGCUGGCUCCCAUGAACUAGGACAGGACUAUGAACAUGUCACAAUGCUGAGGGACAAGUUCCGGGAGUUUGCUCGUGACACCAGCACUAUCGGCCAAGAGCGUGUAGAUGGUGUAAAUGGGCUGGCAGAUGACCUGAUUGAGUCGGGUCAUCCUGAGAACGCCAGUGUUGCUGAAUGGAAGGACGGUUUAAACGAGGCCUGGGCUGAUUUGCUGGAGCUGAUUGACACACGCACACAAAUGUUGGCAGCUUCCUAUGAGCUACACCGCUUCCAUCAAGAUGCCAUGGAGGUGCUUGGGCGUGUUAAGGAGAAGAGGGAAACGCUGCCUUCUGAGCUUGGCCGUGACCUGAACACUGUCCAACAUCUACACAGACAGCACACUGCUCUUGAACAUGACAUCCAGGCCCUCAGUGGACAGGUGAAUCAGGUGCAGGAUGAUGCAGCACGUCUGCAGAAGGCCUAUGCUGGUGAGAAAGCUGAUGACAUUCACAGAAGUGAACAUGCUGUGACUUCUGCCUGGGAGGGUCUGCUUGAGGCUGGCGAGGCCCGCAGGCUCCUCCUGCUGGACACCGUGGAGAAAUUCCGCUUUUUCAACAUGGUGCGAGACCUCAUGCUCUGGAUGGAUGGGGUCAACUUGCAGAUUGAUGCACAUGACAGCCCCAGGGAUGUAUCUUCUGCAGGGUUGGUAAUUGCAAAUCAUCAAGACAUCAAAUCAGAGAUUGAGGCCAGAACAGACAGCUUCACUGCUUGUAUUGAGAUGGGAAAUACUCUGAUCAACAAAAACCACUAUGCAUCUGAUGAGAUCCGAGAAAAACUGGCUCAACUCCAGGAAAAGAGAGACAAGAUCAACAAAAAAUGGCAAGACAAGAUGGACCACUUGCAAAUUGUGCUGGAGGUGUUGCAGUUUGGACGUGAUGCUUAUGUGGCAGAGUCUUGGCUGGCAGGGCAAGAACCACUGGUUCGAGCGGCAGAAUUGGGCGCAAAUGUGGAUGAGGUAGAGAGUCUAAUUAAACGCCAUGAGGCCUUUGAGAAACUUGCCGCAGCUUGGGAAGAGCGCUUCGUUCAGCUGGAGAAACUCACUACACUUGAGGAGCAUGAGAUUCAGAGGAGGCGAGAGGAAGAGGAGAGAGCACGGCGACCGCCUACUCCACCACCAGCAGAAGAAGUGCCGCAGUCUGAGGCAGAAAGUCAAGCACACGAUUCUGCAGCCAGAACCAGUCUGGACCAGACCACACUCAAUCAGUCAGUGUCAGUGAACGGAGUACACAGCGACAAUGACACAUCUCAGGGCUCGGAGUCUGAGUCGGUGAACGGACCGGGUCGAGACAGCGGACUGGCAUCUUCUCGCCUCGACCCGUCUGCCACUUUACCGAGCAGAGGCGCAGCAGAGUCAGAGCCGGAGGCCAUGGAGGGGAUGCUCUGUCGGAAACAGGAGAUGGAGUCUCACAGCAAAAAGGCAGCUAGCAGGUCCUGGCAGAAUGUGUAUUGUGUCCUAAGAAAAGGAAGUCUCGGUUUCUAUAAAGACAGCAAGAGUGCUAGCAAUGGUAUUCCAUACCAUGGAGAGGUGCCCAUCAGCUUGGCAGAGGCUGUGUGUGAAGUAGCCCAUGACUAUAAGAAGAGGAAAAAUGUAUUCAAGCUCAGGUUAGGGGAUGGGAAGGAGUACCUGUUCCAAGCAAAGGAUGAGGCGGAAAUGAGCUCCUGGAUUCAGUCCAUCCUUUGCUCCAUUCCAAAAGAAUCGGGAGACUCGCCCGUAGGUCCACGGGCCCUCAGCCGUGCCAUGACGAUGCCUCCCAUCUCGCCGAGCUCAGGUGAAGCUGGAGGCGUUACCAUGCGCAACAAGGAGGGGAAAGAGAAGGAUCGUGAGAAGAGGUUCAGCUUUUUUGGCAAGAAGAAAUAGAACAUUUGUUAAGUGGAUGGGAACUAAAUUUGUUAAAAUUUCAAUAAACUGAGGCAAACAGAAAGGAAAGUACAAACAGGUCAUACAAACACACUGCUCUCUGUGCAGACCCCAAGGAAUUUGUCAGCAGCUGCGUCACGUAGCUGAGAAAACCUUUUUCGUUCUCUUAUUCUCUCCCUCGCUGGUUUUAUCUGUCAUUUAUUUUAUCGUUCAUCCAGUCUGUUUCACUUUAGCUGCACCCAACAAUCAGAGCCCUCACCCAGUUUGAGACCAGCAGAGCUCAUUAGUCCGAGUCCAGACCAGGUGUGGUUGGCAUUAGCAGGGAGUUAGUCCCAGUACAGUUCCAGUCUACCAAACUGGGUCUUCCUCAGUAGGAGUAUUUGCUCUUCGGUGAGUCUUGAUUAGCUAACCCUGUUGUGAUACUGUUUCUCAAAAAAACACAAAAAAAACCUGAAAAAAAAAAAAAGAUGGUUUUCCAAUCUGCUGCAUUUUGGUUUCAUUUCCCUAAUUUUAACUGCUCUCUUUUGGGACGGAUCACAUUUACAUUUCUUCUUCUGUUCUUGGUAUUGAUGUUAUUAAUAUCACUAUUAUUGGUAUUAUUAUUAUUACUAUUUAUCUUUUUCAAUUGCUGGCUUGACAAAGACUAAUUUGAUAGUAGAUAAUCUUGAUUUAUGUUGUGGAAAGAAAUUUGGUUAAAGUUGUGGAGAAUGUCGGGCUCGCCAUUGUUUGUAUUAAAUUGUUUUCUUUGUUUUUUUUCUUGUUCUUUUUUUUUUCUUUUCUUUUUUUUUUCUUUCUUUUUUUUAGGAAUGACAGUUUAUGAGGUGUUUUGACAGGAAAAUAAAGCUCAUUAAAUUUUAGCAGUGUGCAGUAAGUGAUCAAAAUUUUCAUUGGAAAAAUAAUAUAUAUUUAAUAAGUGGUUUUAUUUUUUAUUUUAUCUCUAAUUUUGCCUGUAUUUGAUUAUUUCUUUUUGAGUGAUCUUUUCUGCUUGAUUUUCAACUUUUUCUUAUUUCUGUAUAAAGCAGAGAAGAUUAGUUUUCUAGCGUGUGUGCGUGUGUGUGUGUGUGUGUGUGUGUGUGUGAGAGUUGUGGUGCUGUGGACUUUGCAUGUUUGUUAUUUCUGAUUAAGCGUUGCCAGAUGGAUGCUGCUUUUUGGUACUCAAAAUCAAAAAACAGGCAGAAACACAAAUUAAUAUCACUGGAAUGAUUUCAUAAAGCGUUUUCUUUCGGUUUUAAAAUAUCUUAAGCUGACAUUAUUAUAACGAUGUUCCUCGAGACAGUUAUUAUUUCUGUUUUUAGUUUUCUCAUAUCUAUUUCCAUUCUCCAUCUACUGGUGUGAAGGCAUGGGGGCAGUGUGUAUAGAUAAAAAGCUGAAGCACACUUUUUUUGCGGCAGACUGUAGGGACCUGAGCGAGACAGAUGGACGGCUGGCAGAUCUCAUUACAGGUGAAGUGAGGUGUGUGGAGGUGAGAUUGGAUAGGCUCUGAGGAAUGCGCUUUAUGUGCUUUACAACACAGAGAUAUGAGCCUGAGCCUUACUUGAACCCACUACAAAUACACUAAACCCCUUGUUUUUGUUUUUGUUUUUACAAACUCACCAAAUAAUUCAAUCAUAAAGGAAGUUUUAUAAGUAAAAAGAUAUGAAAGUUUAAAAAAAAAAAAAUGCCCUGUGGCAAUGACCUAAUGUAUGUCAGUGGAUUAUAUAUGCAGGUAAAAUAUGAUUAGCAGCAACCACAGAAGGCUCUGCUUGUUGUGGCAGAGAUGUAGAAAGUCCUCACCUCUCUUUGAUGAUCCUUGCACUCUUGCAUAUGUGGUAUGACCUCAACUAGGUUUAUACUUUCUUGUUGUCCAGGCUAUGCCAUGUAUUUCAUAGACUGGACUUCAUUAUUGGAGAGCAAGUAAUAAUCAGUUGGCAGUGAAAAUAAAUCAAAUGGCAACCUAAUCCAGAUUAUGUAAACAUAAGAUAGGUGUUAGGCUUGCUAGUUUCCUCACAUACUUUACAUUUACAUUAAAAAGGGCAUUUAUAGUAUAUUGUGAAUGUAGACAGCACAACCUUACAUUCUGGCUUGAUAUCAAUUGGUUGAUAGAGUCAGUCACUUACAGCCAAGCGGGAAUUUGCUGUUUAUAACAGCAAAAAUGCAACGCUCUACUUGAUGAUAAGCAUUUUAUGGAUUACCAUAAUAUAAGCAGGCUUCGAGUAACUAUUUGUAAUUUACUGAGAUUGAAAGUAACUUGAGAAUUGCCUGGAUGUGUAUAUCCAUGAAAGAGUGGUCGGUUCAUAGCAAUGCCACAACAAAUUGCUGUGAUAGCACAACACAGGGAGUUUAAAUAGUUUGUUUAAAUGUUCAAAUCCCAACUGAACAUUUGCUAAUGAGAGAAAUGUCUCAACAUCCACUCUGAGGUUAUUGAACUGGCUUCAGUUAACAGCAGGUGGUCCAAACUUAUCAAACCUGCUUUGUCUCUGACUGUGAGUCUUUGCAUUCCUGAAUGUAUGACAGAGCUCUCAGUUAGUUUCGGUCUAAACUACAACGAGGGAUCCAGGUGAAUAAAGUCAUUGCAUACAUAAGCGAGCCAAUGGAGUUUUCAGGCAUUGUGCACAGCUUUGAAUGGAGGAGUCCCCCCCCCCCCAGUGGAUGAGCCGCUUUAGCGACAACUGCUCUGAACAGCGAACUGCAUCCAGUAGAUGUUAGGCAGUUCAAGUUCAAAGGUCACACAGUGUAUUUUCUUAUCAGCUCAUUUUGAAUGUGAAUGAUUCAAAUCAGUUUGGCCAAAUUGGUCAUGUGAAGCAAAAAUAUUUCUCAUACUUGACAUACUGUAGACAAGCGCUCUCUCUCUCUCUCUCUCACUCUCUCUCACUCACUCAUACACUCACACAGACACACACCAAUACUGCCCUGUAUAUUUAAUGCAGAAUGACCCUGGCAAACCAGUCUUGUGGAAAUGUCCUUAACUGGCUGUGAUUUGAUGUUGCAAAUGGCAUCCUUUUAAAAUAACAUUGUGCUACUGGUGAGCUUUGACCAGAACAUGAGAAGUAUGUAUUAUUGAUGUCAAAGAGUUACGUUUUGAUUCUAAGAGUAUUUGUAACGAUGGAGUACUUAAUGAAGAAAAAAAACUACUUGUUAAGUAUUACACAUGGUUGAAAACAGACUGGUGACAAUUUGAGCUUCCUUUUUUUUAGAAGAAGGCAGGACAUUUGCUGUCUAGUGGGAGCUUGUAUUUUUUCAUCCAGUGGUCUGUCUUGCAGCAUUUGAUAAGCCUGUCCUCCUCCCUUCAUUUCUCAUUACGUUUGACGAAUGUCUGUUCCUUUCUCUGUAAUUCAGAGUUGUUAAUACCACUACUAUUAUUAAUUGCUAUUAUUAUCAUUAUUGCUACUGUUGUUACUAUUACUACUACUGUUACUAAUGCAACUUAUUGCAAAAAUUAUAACUGCUGUCCAUUUUCAGGUACCUGUCUGUAAUAUCAGACCCUUCCACACGAUGUCAGUGUGCUGUGGAGCAUUUUCAUUACAAAUUGAAGAUAAUGUUUGUUGACUUGUGUAUCUACAUCUAAUAUUAGGAAUAAUAAAACAUGGUUUAAUCAAGAA